AUGAGGAUUAACAAUUUGAAUGAAGGUUGUUUAGAGUAGAUUGGCGAUAAAUGUCUAAUAAAGGUUGGACAUUGGAUGAAUUUCUAGAAAAUUGUAUUCCAUUUUGUGGGGAUGGAAUCAUUAAAGGUUAAGAAGAAUGUGAUGACAGCAAUCAAAUAUCAAGUGAUUCUUGUUACUAAUGUAAAUAUUUAUGCAAAGACUUUUAUUAAAUUUGCUAAUUGGAAUUUGUUAAUAAUAUUAAGAUGGAAUUUAAACUUAGUUAGAAAUGAGGAUUAACAAUUUAAAUGAAGGUUGUUUAGAGUAUAUUGAUGAUAAAUGUCUACUAUGCUAAGAAGGUUGGGUUUAAGAUAAAUUUCUACAAAAUUGUCAUCCAAUAUGUGGUGAUGGAAUCACUCAAGGCUAAGAAGAAUGUGAUGACGGCGAUCGAAUAUCUUAAGAAUCAUGCUAUUUAUGCAAAUAUUCUUGCAUAAACUUUUGUUUAGUUUGUUAAUUUGGAAUCUGUUAAAAAUGUGAAGAUGGAUUUGUUAUUAAUGGCAAUUUUAAUUGUGAUCCUUUAUACGGGGAUGGUAAUUUAAUCCCUUAUUCAGCUGAAUAAUGUGAAUUGACAGUUAAUGAGGUUUAGUAUGGUUGUCAAGAUUGCAGAUUUAUAUCAAUUGAACAUUGUAAAACUAACAAAUUUUCAAUUUGCUUAGAGUGUGAAGUAGGAUUUGUUAUGAUUGACAACAUAUGUUUCCCUAACUGUGGAGAUAAAUUCAUCCUAUAAUAAUAUGAAGACUGUGAUGAUGAUAAUUAACAACCAUAUGAUGGUUGCUUUUAAUGCUAGUUUCAAUGCAGUGAAGAUUGCAAAAUAUGUGAGCGAGGAUAAUGCAUUUUAAAAUGUGAAAAUGGAUAUGAGUUUGUUAAUAAUAGUUGUCUCUCUGUAUGUGAUGAUUAAAUUGUCACAAAAGAAGAGGAUUGUGAUGAUGGUAAUUUGCAACCUUAUGAUGGUUGUUAAUUAUAGUUAAAUUUUUUAUAAAAUACAUAAUUUAGUUUAUAGAUAGGAUUUGUGAUAACAAAAACCAUAAGAAAUUUAUAAUUAAUCAAUUAUUUAUAAUGUAAAUAAGCUUAAUUAGAUAUAAUCAUUUCAUAAAGCGAAAGUUUAAAAAAACAAAUUGAAUCAAAAAUUACAGCAUUGAAUUAUUAAUAUGUGGAUGGAUUAAAAUCAAAAUUUAAAAAACAACCCUAAAUUAGAACUCAAAUUUGUCUUAAAGCAAUUUUUUAAGUAUCUAAACUGAAUAAUAUAAAAAAAGAGUUAAAUUUUGUAUUUGUCAAAUUAUAUUUUUAAGUUUGA